AUGUCCAACCGUUUCGUACGGGCGUCCAAGUACCGACACGUCUUUGGAAAGUCCACGAGAAAGGAAUUUUGCUACGAUAACCUCCAUAUCAGUCGCAAUGCUUGGGAUACAAACUUGGUCAAGGUCAACCCUGAGUAUCUCUCGGUCAAUUGGGACGCUUCCGGUGGCGGCGCAUUCGCUGUCAUCCCUCUGAACGAGCGUGGAAAGCUUCCCGACCAGAUCCCGUUGUUUCGCGGACAUACUGCUGCUGUGCUCGACACUGACUGGAACCCUUUCCACGACAACAUUGUCGCCUCUGCUUCUGACGACGGAAAGGUCUUCAUCUGGCAGGUCCCCGAUAAUUUCACGCUUCACACCGACGCCGAGGAGAUCACCGAUGUCUCACCCGUGAGCAAGCUUGCUGGCCACCCCAGAAAGGUUGGACAGGUUCUCUUCAACCCCGCGGCCGAAAACAUUCUCGCCUCCGCCUCUGGUGACUUCACCAUCAAGCUCUGGGACGUCAGCACUGGCCAGUCGCCCCUUACUCUCAAGCACAACGAUAUCGUCCAGAGUUUGACAUGGAACGCUAGCGGUAGCAUGCUCGCCACCACCUCGCGAGAUAAGAAGAUUCGAGUGUGGGAUGUCCGACAGGAGAAGCCCGUUCACGAGGGACCCGGUCACGGCGGUGCCAAGAACUCUCGCGCUGUCUGGCUGGGAGAGCACAACCGCUUUGCGACGACUGGCUUCUCCCGUAUGAGCGAGCGGCAAAUAGCUCUUUGGGAGCCUGGCAGGACAGAGCCCAUUGGCGGCUUCACCAUGCUGGACUCUAUCUCUGGUGUCUGCAUGCCUUUCUGGGACGAUGGUUCAAACUGCCUGUACCUUGCUGGCAAGGGCGAUGGUAACAUUCGAUACUUCGAGUUCGAGAACGACAAAUUCGAGUUCCUUAGCGAGCACAAGUCCGGCGAGCCUCAGCGCGGUAUUGCCUUUAUGCCCCGACGAGGCAUCAACACUCACGAGAACGAAGUCAUGAGGGCUUACAAGACGGUCAACGAUGCUUACAUCGAGCCCAUCGCCUUCACUGUGCCACGACGUGCCGAGACCUUCCAGGCUGAUAUCUUCCCUCCUGCCACUGGCACCAAGCCCGCCGCAAGUGCUCAGGAGUGGUUCGAUGGCAAGACUGCUGUUCCUAACAAGAUUGAUCUCGAGAGUGUUUACGACGGCACCGCGCCCAAGGAGAUUGCCUCUGACUACAAGGCCCCUCCGGCUCCCGCGCCUGUCGCCGAGAAGCCUGCUCCCAAGAAGGAGGAGCCCAAGCCAGCAGCCCCGGCUAUCCGAUCUCCUCCCCCUACCAUGAACGAGCAAAAGGGCUCUAUCUCUGCUAUGGCUUCCAGGUACCAGGACAAGCAGGAGGAAGAGGAGGAUGAUGACGACGCUUCGAGCUUCGAGGAGGUUUCACGACCUGCUCAACGUCAAGCAGUUCCUGCACCUAAGCCCGCUCCCGCUCAGUCGCAGGCUGCCCCUGUUUCUUCCACUCCCGCUGCCGCAAAGCCUUCCACGCCAGUCAAGACCCCUACUACUCCCGUGUCCUCUGGCCCCGCGGCAUCAUCCUCAACCUCCCGAGCUGCCCCUAGCAACAACGACUCUUCGCUUGCCGAGAUCAAGUCGCUUCUCGAGGGCCAGACCAAGCUCAUCAGCUCCCAGGUCCAGCAGAUCAGCCUUCUGACCUCGGAAGUUGAGGCGCUCAAGCGCAAGGUCAGCUCCGGUUCCCUGGACCAGAGCGAGCGCAUCCGACAGCUCGAGCUCGAGCUGGAAGAGGCGAGGUCUUGA